GCUGGCCAUUUCGCCUCACAGCAGUCACAGCAGCAGCACGUAUCCGGAUGAGCGUCAGCUUCAUUCAGUCACUGCGACCUGAGCGACUUUUCUGCAGCUUCACCGCGACUCCGGGGAACAACAGCAGCACAGCUCCAAGGGUCCGACUCAGAAGAUCAAACAUUUCUCACUGUCUCACCUGCGUUUCCUCGUCACCACCAUGUGUCAGGUCAGGUGACCCGUUUCCUGAGCCCCCGUACUCCUUCAUGUCAGGUGAGUCUGAGUUGAGGUCUUACCUGUCAGGGGGCAGGUCAGAGGAGGAGGAGGAGGAGAGCGGGUCCCACUGCGGCACCAUGUCUCACCUGCAUGAAAUGGGUGGAGCUUCGGACGGGAGCGACAGUGGGAAUGACCCACCCACUUCAAUGAGUUCCCACCCACCGCUUCAGGAGGACAUGGAAAUGGGGAACGGCUCGAGCGGGAGCGGCACGGAAUCCCACGGCAACGCGUCCCACGGCAACGAGUCCGUAGGAAGUUUGAGCGCCAACAGCAAAGACUCUGCUCUGUUAGAGUCAUCAGGCAGCAACAAGAGUUCGAACUCUCAGAGUCCGUCUCCCCCCAGCAGCUCCAACGCCUACAGCCUGGUGAGCUCCGAGCAGGACCAUCCAUCCACCAGCGGCUGCAGCAGUGAGCAGUCAGCAAAGGCCAAAACUCAGAAGGAGCUCUUUAAGACCCUGAAGAAGCUGAAGCUUCACCUGCCUGCUGAGAAACGCAGCAAAGGUCGAUCGAGCACGUUACACACACUCCGUUACGCACUGCGCUGCGUCAAACAGGCCAAAGCUAAUGAAGAAUAUUAUCAGAUGUUGAUGAUAAACGACAGCCAGCCGCCAGGUCCAGAAGUUUCCUCGUACACCAUCGAUGAACUCAACAGCAUCACAUCUGAAUACACACUCAAAAACACGGACAUCUUCGCCGUAGCUGUGUCCCUGAUCACAGGUAAGAUUGUGUAUAUAUCGGAGCAGGCAGCGGCGAUUCUGCACUGCAGUAAGGACGAGUUUAAGGACCGGAAGUUUGUGGAGUUUCUGACGCCGCAGGACGUGAGUGUGUUCUACAGCUUCACCACUCCAUACAGACUGCCCUCAUGGAGCAUGUGCACUGGGGCAGAAUCAUCAGCUGCAGAUUUCGUUCAGGAGAAAUCGUUUUUCUGCAGAAUCAGUGGUGGGAAGGAGAAGGAGGGGGAUCUUCAGUAUUACCCAUUCAGGAUGACGCCGUAUCUCAUGAAGGUUCAGGACCCAGAACUGUCUGAGGAACAUUUCUGCUGCCUCAUACUGGCUGAAAGAGUACACUCAGGAUACGAGGCACCCAGAAUUCCUCCGGACAAGAGGAUCUUCACUACGACACACACACCCAACUGUGUGUUCCAGGAUGUUGAUGAGAGGGCGGUGCCUCUGUUAGGGUAUCUUCCACAAGACCUGAUUGGAACUCCCAUUCUUCUUCAUCUUCAUCCUGAUGACAGACCACAGAUGCUGGCCGUGCAUCGCAAAAUCCUGCAGAACAUGGGUCAGCCGUUUGAUCAUUCCUCCAUACGCUUCUGCACGCGGAAUGGCGAGUACGUUACCAUAGAUACCAGCUGGUCUAGUUUCAUCAACCCCUGGAGCCGCAAAGUGUCCUUCGUCAUCGGACGACACAAAGUGCGCAUGGGCCCAGUGAAUGAGGAUGUCUUUUCAGCUCCUGCGUUCACAGAGGGGAAAAUUGUGGACUCGGACAUCCAGGAAAUCUCAGAGCAGAUCCAUAAGAUCCUGCUGCAGCCUGUACACUGUAUGGGCUCCAGUGGUUACAGUAGUCAUGGCAGCAACGGUUCUCAUGACCAUCCAACCACAUCCAGUGAAACUAACAGCAAUGUCAACGUUAAUGCAGGCAACAGCACCACUACCACCGUCAACGAGGAGAGGAACAAGAUCAAACCGAGGUCAUUCCAGGAGAUCUGUAAAGGUGUUCAGAUGUUGAAGACACAGGAUCAGCAGGCCUCGACAUCUAAAGCAGAUCAGAAGAAAAGCACAGAAAGUGUGUCUCCAUCAGGACUGAAGUUUUCAGGAGUGAAGCAGAAGAACACUACCCCAGUGGUAAGAGGCGGCAUUGCAGCCAUGGAGGAGCUCACGGACCAAACCUUAUACUCCUACCAGCAAAUCAGCUGCCUGGAUAGUGUGAUCAGAUAUUUGGAGAGCUGUAACACAACUGUCACACCAAAGAGGAAGUACCAGUUCUCCUCCAACACGACCUCCUCAAACUCAGACGAGGAGAAGAAAGGAUGUGAUGGAGUGAUGUCCGGCCCACAAGAUUCUUUGAAGGCCAAUAAGAAGUCUCCAUCUGAUGUUGUGGGUGGGGCUCUGGCUCCUUUGGCCAUGCCCACUAAAGCAGAGAGUGUCGUAUCCAUCACUUCUCAGUGUUCUUACCGCAGCACUAUUGUACAUGUGGGGGACAAGAAACCACAGCCGGAGUCAGAAAUCAUAGAGGACGUGGCAGAAAGCCCCACCCCUCCUGCACCAGUAAGCAUAAUGACUCCGCCCACAGUCGAGCAGGGAGCCUAUAGGAAACUGGGCCUGACCAAGCAGGUGCUGGCGGCUCACACACAGAAGGAGGAACAGGCAUUCCUGAGUCGCAGCAGAGACCUGUGUCUCACGUCACUGCAGAAAACCUCUACAGAAAUCUCGGACAGAGACAGGGGACACGCUAAUGACUCACCAUCUGCUGCUUGUCCAGCCAGACCCGGCACGUCUGGGGCAGAACCCAUCACUAAAAGAAGCAGCCGAACCAAAAAGUCAAAAAAACCUCGUAUAAGAAAACCCGAAUCAUCAGACAGCGCCGUCUCUCAGCGCAGGCUCCGCCCACCUCUUCAGGGACUGAACCAAACGUCAUGGUCUCCAUCCGAGGCGUCUCAGUCUGCGUUCUCAGUGCCGUAUCCCACUGUGGUACAUGGGUACAACUUUUAUCCCACUACAGCACCCCCUGGUGGCGAGCGCAUUUCCGAUGCCCAGUCUGCUCAGGCUCCGCCCACCACUCCACAAUUCCCAGCCCCGAUGGUCACACCGAUGGUGGCUUUUGUUUUACCAAGUUAUAUGUUCCCCCAGCUUGGCAUGCCGGCACGCUUUUACCCGGAGCAGCAACCGGGGGUCAGCGCUCAGCAACCACAGCCCAACUACAACCCCCAGAAUCCUUUACAACCUCAGCAAACACAACCAAACUACACUACCCAACAACCUUUGCAGCCUCAACAAGCCUACACCAUCCAGCAGCCAUUUGUACCCCAACAUGCAUAUGUUUCCCAGAAUCCUUUUCAACCCCAAGUGCCAUACACACAGACGCCGUUCACUCCGCAGACGCCGCUCUCGUACCACAUGACUUCUGAGUCCAGGCUUCCUGUGUCCGAAUCAACUGAGGUUUCUUCCUCUUCUCCUUUGUCUCGCUCUCCACCGCUGUUCGGCUCUCACUGCAGCUCUCCAUUACAGCUUGACCUGCUGCAGCUGGAGGACAAAGUGGAUUCGCACAGUACAGCACCACUAUCAGGAUCCAGGGGGAACUGUGUCUCUGCACAGGAGAAAAGCGGCAGCGUGGCCGACAUGAAGCAGCCAUGUUGUGUUGAAGAUGGAGCCCCAAGCGAUGCCAUGUCAUCGUCCAGCGAGCUGAUGGACCUGCUGAUGCAGGAGGACUCAGGAUCGGCCACGUCCGUAUCCACAGGCUCCGCCUCCAACGACUGCAACACCUCAAAAAGUGGCACAGGAAGCAGCAAAUAUUUUGGGAGCGUGGACUCUUCUGAGCACGAGCACAAGCAGAAAAGGAAAGAAGAUGGACAAAGUUUUAAGUAUGUUCUUCAGGAUCCUGUCUGGCUGCUCAUGGCCAACACUGAUGAGAAGAUCAUGAUGACCUAUCAGGUGCCAUCACGGGACAUGGGGAAGGUGUUACGGGAGGAUCGGCGUUUGCGGCAGCUGCAGAAGAAUCAGCCACGUUUCACCUCCGAUCAGAGAAGAGAACUUUUUGAGCAACACCCAUGGAUGAGACGAGGAGGUUUACCUAAAGCCAUCAGUGUCAAGGAGUGUCUGUACUGCGAGGACGAGAUCGACGCCAUGUUAGAAGACAAUCUCCCUGAAAUGGAGCUGGGUAUUCUGGGAGGUGUGGUGGUACCAGAAGACGGCGUGUCUCACGUACAGGAAGGGGAGCGUCCUGUCUUCAACUGCGUUUCCUAGCAACUACCAAAAAAACAUAAAAACGUAGCAUGCUUACAGAGAACAGGAUCUUCCAACUCACACACACGCACGCACGCACACACACACACACACACACACACACACACACUACACACACACACACAUUACACACAUUACACACACUGCACAUGCUAUACAUGCCAAAUAAUCUCACUUUACCUUUAACUUUCGGGAGUGUGUGUGUUUGUGUGUCACUCCUGAAGCUGCAGAUCAGAUCAUUAACGCACACACACACUGUGGUACGAGGAGGAUGAAUGAUGUAUCUGUCAGAGUUUCUGUGACGUAAAAACAGAAUUAAAUGUAAUAAUUUAUGGAUGUGAGGAGAAGAUGAGGAGGAUGUGAGGAGAAGGAGAGGAGAUGUUGAGGAGAAGGUGAGGAGGAGGUGAGGAGAAGGUGAGGAGGAGAAGGUGAGGAGGAGCAGGUGAGGAGGAGAUGAGGAGAAGGUGAGGAGGAGGAGGUGAGGAGGAGAUGGAGAGGAGGAUGUGAAUAAAACAGUGCAGAGAGAAGAAACCUCAUCUGGGUUUAUUAUUCACACCACAAAACUCCAGGACCAGAAAAAACUCCACUGCAAUAAAAUUUUGAAACUUGAAUUAUUUUAUUUAUAUGACUUUAUGAUGGAAACUUUUUGUUUGCUGCUUUUGUUUUUUCUGGGAUUUUGUUUGUGUUUUGUUUUGUUAUUUUACUUGUGGAUAUUUUGGUGUUUAUUCUCAGAUGGAGGCAGUUGAUUUGUCUAAACACUGGUGAUGGAUUCUGUUUAUUUCGGUGUUUCUGAGAGUUUUGUGGGUAAAAGAUGAAUAAUCCCUGCGCUGUUCUGUUCCACUCGCGUGACUGUGAUGUUGAUUGUUUUUGUUUAUUCGGGUUUAUUUUUGAGCGACGAUCAGAAACUCUCACACUGUGAACUUUUUCCUUUUCAUUUAUUACUUGAGUCAGAAAUGUUUUUUUUACUGUAAUAAGUGAAGGUUUGGUUUACGACACAGAAUCAGCCAAUCGGCUUCUGCCGUCUGUUUCAGUGCUGCUUCUAAACUCACCUUAGACCCAAACGCUUCCCUCAGCGUUUCUCUAACAGAACGUCUGAGUGUUUCAUUCCUCUUACAUUCCACAUUCUCACCGCUGUUAUAGCAGCUAUAAACCCUCGUUCGCGCUUUAUAACAUGUAGCAUGUUACUGAGAACUGAGGAGUGUGAACUCCUGUCCUGAAGACCCCCGACUGUUACAGAGCACUGACACUGAAGACUCCUUACAAACACAAUGUCGCUACGUCAGCGAUCAGGCACCUUUAAAUCUGCGGGUUUAUUAUCCGCACUGAACGAUUUGUUGCUAUAGAAACGAUAACGUAUCAGAAUCCACAGCUUCUGACCAAUCAGGAUCUAAGUAUGAGACAAACAGUUAUAACAACAUGCUAGCUUAGCUAGCAAAAGUUUAUCACUAAGCGACAGUAUUGUCAUGGCAACUAGUGACAGCAGUGUCAUUUCGUCUGUAUGAAUUUGUCCAGUGUGAUCUGUUUAGCUGUAGCUGUACGCUGGUACAAAUCCACGUGUCAGAGUGUGUGUUAUAGUAUAACGUUUCAGUGAUACAUCUGAUCCAUGAUCAGGAGGGAAGUAAAGAAGGGAAUUGGACAAACGAGUGUUAAAGACAGCACUAAAACGAGGGCAUGAAAAGGUACAGAAUAAACACUGAGGUUUAAAUGGACCAAACACUCAUUUUUCUGUGUCUUUGUGUCUUCAUGACUGUUUCAUGUCUCUGUGCUCACUGAGACUCUUACUCUUACACCUUUUAUUUUCACUCUGGAAUUCUGUUACAGUUUGUUUUAUAUAAAAUGGAUAUUAAUGUGAAUAAAAACCCUCACUCUCUCUGUC